ACCCAUGAACUGCGAGAUCAUGACCUGAGCCGAAGUCAGAUGCUUCACUGACUGAACUACCCAGGCGCCCCUUCCUGAGAUGUAUUUAAUUGCAGAUCCUUUCAUUCCUUAAGGUACCACCAUCGUUACAAUACACAGGUCAAAGAAAAUAUCAUUCCUAAGCAAUAUUAAAUACAUGCUACUUUUUCACAGAAAUAAGAUGGGUGUAAGGACAAAUGGGAACUGAAACCUCUUAGCAUUCUCGUGUGAGUGCUUGGCAUGAGUAUUGAAUACAAAUAGAAAGGAACCAAUUGCUAGAAAGGAACCAACGUGAUAUUUUUACACCUACUGCAAAUAAUAUCUGAAGUUCUCCAGUCAUAAUUUGUGAUUAUUUUGAUUAGGAAAAACCAAAAAUAAUAAAGAAGUAACAUAAAAUUAUAGAAUCUUAUCAUCCAGAAUGGCUGUUAAAAUGACAUUUUGGUAGAUUUUAUUGAAGUGAGUUUUUUUCCUACCCUUAUAUCUUUCUCGUUCCUUUUUUCUCUUUUUUCUUCCUUUCCUAAUACAUUGGAAUAAUGCCAUAAAUACCAUUUCGUACUUUGCUUUGCUUAUGUAACAUUCUACAAGAGCAUUUUUCCUGUCCUUUAUCUAAAACAUAAUUUUAAUGUAUAUUAAAUAGCCCACCAUGUGCAUGAGCUAUACUUUCUCUAGUUAGCCAAUCUGUUGUUGGACAUUUAGACUAUUUCCAGUUUUUUAACAUACUAAAGAACUCAUUGGUGCAUAUUUUUAUAUCUGUAACCCCAACACUUCAUCUGUCAUUAUAUUAGCAUAGGUUACUAGGGGUGGGAUUAUGUAAAAAGUAGAUAGAUAUAUUUUCCAGUUUUAUUAUAAAAUUAUAUAUUAUUAUAAAAAUAGUAAUUUCCCAUAGUCAAUGUAUUAUGGGAUGGGUCUGGAAUCUGAAUUUUUUAUUUUUCUGGGACUCUCUUUCUACAAAGCCCUUCUGGCUCUGACCAGUCUUUUGCUCUGACUCUAUCCUAUGAAUUUCUCCCUCUUACCUUAAAGAACGUCUUCUACACCUUAUUCACUAUUCCAGGGCUCAACAAACUAUAUUCCACCCACCACUUGUUUUUAUCAAGUUUUAUUGGAACAAAGCUCUAGUGGACAGGCUCCCAGUGACCCCUGCCUUUUGGUAUUCACAUUUCACUAUAAUCCUCUGUCCUUGAGUGUGAACACCACCUGUUACAGGCUCCUAACCACUCAAAUAUGGCACAGAAAUGGUAUGUCACCCCCAGGAUGGUUAUGUUAUAUAAAAUUCUGUCAUGCUACCAAACUCACUGUAGAGAUUUUCUCCCUUCUCGGCUUUGAAGAAACAAGCUGCCAUGUUGUGACAGGGGCUGUCGACACAGCCACGUGGCAGGGAACUGUGGGUGACCUCUAGGAGCUGACCAGUAGCCAAUAAGAAGUCGAGGCCCAAGGCCCUCAGCCCUACAGCUGCAAGACAACCUGAGUGCACUAGGAAGUGGAUUCUAACCCAGUCAAGCCUGUGGAUGAGAACACAGUCCUAACUGACCGUGGUUGCAGCCUUGUGAGAGUCUACACGAAGGACCCAGAGUCCUGACCCAUGGUAAUUGUGAGGACUACCUUUAUGGGGGAGGAGAGCCAGAUGGCAGGAGGUUUCUCUCCUAGACCAAUCAGCAUGUCCACAGGUUUUGCCCCCUCCAGCCACAGCUUGCUUCCAGCUCUCUCCCUACCUGAAUCAACAGCAGUGCCAGGACGAGCAGGGUGGAGGCUGCAGAUGCCCAGGAACUUACCCUUCAUACAGAGUGAGACUCUUCUGACCUCCAAGAGCUGUAUCCGCGAUGCCCAGACAGAACCACGGUGUAUUGUGCUGUCUGCCCUCGCGACAUGGACACCAGGUGCGCCAUGCCUCCUUGAAACAUCUGGUCACUGGCUGUGGCUUACCUACCUCUCAGAAGGUUGCUUCCUGCUCUCCCAGGAACUGUGGACCAGCUCUGGCCUGGCCCAUCCCACACACUUCUCUUCCAUCCGACAGACUUCAACUCUACCUUCUUCAACCAGAUCCACGGCAGACCGGAGGAGUUCAGUCUCCACAACGUUUACUGAGGACCUGCUAGGUGCCAGGCCUUGGGGCAGACACAGAAGACAUGAUCCCGGACAAGACAGGCUGGCUCCUCCAGCAGCUUUUGUUCUGAAACAGACUGUUGGAGGGACCGUUCUGGACUGGCUUCAAAGCAGCUCAGCCCAAGAACAAUGUGACAGUGUCUGGCCCCGGGCGUUCUAGAAGCUGCUGUGUGGCAUUCACCCUGGGAUGGCCUGGAGAUGCGGGGAAGUUCUUGCAAGAGGCCCCCACUGGGCAAUGGGAGACAGGAGCCUGGAGGUAAAUGCUCACCCGUUCCAUUCCCUGAGUGGAAAAAUCUGAGCUACAGCCCCUCAGGCUCUUCAGAAGGUCCCUGAGAUUGGUCAUCCAUCACCCAUAACUCAUCCGUCACCCACAGGUCAUGGGUGCUGAACUGCCCAUCUACCAGAGGUCAUCCAUCGCCUUUCCCACUUUUCCUGUUUCACUCCUCAGGUCCUCUCUCUGGAUCUCUGGGAUCACUUCCCAUAUAAACUACCUUCAGGUAGACCUGUGUCUCAGGCACAGCUUUUAGGGGAACUCACAUGAAGCCAGCCAUGUAUAAAGCUUAAAGAGGGAGGAGAAGGGGCGGAACAAUCUUUUCACAGAGUAGGAUUGUAAAACCACCGAGCGCGCUGGGGUCCUAUUUGGGGUGUGCAGUAAUGUGUUGAAAGUAAACCCUCCAGCCACUUUAUAUCUUCUGUCACAACUUCGAGCCUCUCAGCUGUGGUCACAAACUCUACGGGUAGGGAUUUAAUCUUGAAUGGGCUUUUGCCAGAUGAAUUCGAUGAAAAGAAAAAGCCAUGGAAAUGAGAGAAUACACAAAGCAGUCACUAUAAUGAUACAUCAUGGAAUUAAGCAGAACAAGGAGGCAAGUGAGGAUAUGAGGAGAUAUAUAUACCUAUCACAUAUGUUAAUAUCUCCUUAUAUAUACAAUCCCAAUAUAUAUAAAUAAUCUUUGCAUUUAUACGGACAUAUAUGUUAUCUUUGCAUAUACAGUAAAACCUUGGAUUGUGAGUAACUUGGUAACUUGUUCUGCAGGUGUUCCACAAGACGAGCAGACACUUCUAAUAAAUUUUAACUUGAUAAGCGAGCGACGUCUUGCAAUAAGAGUAGUACAUGACACCAAAUGUCACAUGAUCACAACUGAGCUAAUGGUUCUUGAAAUUCUCUUUGAUAUAUGAGUGCUUUGGAUUACAAGCAUGUCUCUGGAAUGAAUUAUGCUUGCAAACCAAAGUUUCACUGUAUUUUUUAUCUUUAUAAAGAAAGAUACAAAGGUGGUAAAGUCAUGGAUUGAGACCAGAGAGAACUGAUACUGGGGUUUAGAACAUAAGCAUGAGAGUGUGGCUGGGGCGCCGGGGAGUAGAAAUGAAAGAUUGUUGGAGGUGAGGAGGUCAUAGAAUGCAGGGAGCAAGGUGUGGAAUGGAUCACUAUUCUUCAAGGUUGUUAAGUCACCAAGAAUGGUGUCAGGAAUAAACAUGGAGAGUCAUUAAUGAAUGAAGGAGAGUAAGUUGGUAGAUAACAGUGGCAGGUAGUAAAGUGUGCCCUGAAUUUUGAAGGAUGGGAGUUUUGAAGGAGGAGUGAAGAGAACUGAAUUACAGGUACAAUGGGAGAGCUAUUCCACCCUUGAGCCUUGAUGAAGCCCAAAUAACCUCCACUUGAGGGUCUGCGGAUGAGGUGGCGUUUGCAGAGCACAGCCAACUUUCCAUUAGGGCAAGAUAGGAAGACACCUUACAACAAAAGACACAGGGCACAGAUAGAGGCAUUUGCUGCUGAUGACAGAUCCUGUGUGUCAGGAUGAAUAGUACAUAAAAGUUGGGAAUGUGGACAAGGAGUAAGAAACAGAGACAACACUUGCCUUGUAGGAUUAUUGUCAAUUGGAGAGAUAAGUUUAUAUA